UUGUUCCACCACAACUGACCUUCCCAGAGCUAUUGAUGCGAAUCUUUUCAAAGUGACAUUUUACUUAAGGUUCUCCUGGGCUCCCUGUCCCAAAAAGAACGGCCAAGACUUUGCUUACUCCCACAAAGGUUGGCAAAUUAUAGACCCCGGGGAAAGCCCCCAUCAUUGCAAUCCAGGUUGAUUGGGCAACAUGUGUGGUCGCACUUGUUGCACACUUUCCCCCGAAGUCAUGCCUUUCGCGUGCACCACACUCACCGGGUCUAAGACGCCGAUUUGGCGGGAAGCGCCGGAUGGCGGGAAAUAUUUUCCCGCCAAUAAUAUUCCACCUUCCCGCUACACGCCAGUUUUAUGGCGAACGGGUUCAAAUCCGAGGGAUUUGACCUUGCAGCCUAUGCUGUGGGGUUUUAUACCGCCCUGGCAUCGGGGUGAGGUACCCACGAAGCACGGUCUCACCACCAAUAAUGCCAGAUUGGAGGGUUUGGGCGAGAGUAAGCUCUAUAAAGCGGCCUUGAGUCAAAACCGUCGGUGUGUGGUAGUGGCCGAUGGAUUUUAUGAAUGGAAGAAACUGGAUGGAUCGGGGUCGAAGCAACCCUAUUUGGUGUAUGCUCCCCAGGAGAAUGGACCCAUUGAGUCUUGUCCGGAUAUACAGUUGGUAGAUGGUUGGUCUGCGGCCACGGGCUGGACUGGACCUAGACCUUUAUUCAUGGCUGGGAUCUAUUCGAUUUGGGAGAACGCUGUCGGUCAGGAGGUCUUUAGUUAUUCCAUUAUUACCAGGGAAUCCAAUGAAGUAUUCAAUUGGCUACAUCAUCGAGUCCCAGCCAUCCUAUCCAACCCGAAGGAAGUUGACCAAUGGUUGGACCCAGAGUUAAAAGGAGACGAGGCCUUAAAGGUCCUUAUUCCGUUAAUUAAAACUCAGUUAACAUGGCAUCCCGUUUCUCCGGACGUGGGCAAUGUGAGGAAUCAAUCACCCGGCCUCCAGAAGCCCGUACCUUUGGACGUGAAAGGAAAAGCCAAGGACACGAAAUCCGGUUCUGCGAGUUUGAUGUCAAACUGGUUAAAAAAGGCUGCCAAGCCUAACAAAGAUGAGCCCGAUACGAAAAAGUCCAAACCAUGAGAGAUUGUCGACUUCCUCCAUGCAAAUGGGGUCACUUGUGAUACGUGUUUUAUUCAGAAUCCUUGUUCAUUCAAAGUGUUCCAUACGACUGUUCACGCUGAUCUGAAAUGAGCAGUAAUAAACGGUCUGUAAA